GGGCUGCAGCGGGACUUUCUGAAGCAGAAGAGCAGCUCGGCUAACAGCAGCUAGCCUGUUAGCUUAGCGGCUAAACACAGCUAAUCCCUUUCCGCCUCACCGACACGGAGCUGCCGCUCCUCCGUACCCGCCCGGACCGAACCCCGAGCCCCGCCGGUCCUGCCCGGCUCCACCAGCGGAACCGACUCACCCACGGACCCCGCUGCGGGCCCGGGCCUGCCUGUGCUAUCGGGCUAAAGAGCUGUGAGUGUAGCUACCGCUCCACAGCAGGGCUGGGUGAUUUAUUCAGAUAUCAGUUGUAUCACGAUAUUUACCUGUAACCUUUUUACCUAUAACAUUUUACCGUUUUACCGAUAUACCGAGAGAUAUCACAAUAUACUGGCAUUCAUAAGAAAUGCACUUGUAGCAGCAGAUUCUUAAAAUGUAUUAAAUAUUACUCCUUGUACUUACAGUAGUCAAUUUACCUUUCUGUCUGCCUUGUGUGUCUAUCUAUGUACCUGUCUAUGCAUCUGUCUUGUCUGCCUGUCUAUCUAUGUGUCUGUCUGUCUUUCUAUGUCCCUGUCUAUGUAUCUGUCUCUCUGUCUUGUCGGUAUGUCGGUCAGUCAUCUGUCUGUCUGUAUCUUAUCUGUCUAGCUGUCUGUUCAUUUAAAAACCUGUCUGUCUAUCUAUGUACUUGUCUUAUCUAUCUGUCUGUCUUUCUAUAUACCUGUCUUAUUGUCUGUCUGGUUUGUCUGUCUGUAUAUCUAAAAAAUGGCUAAAAAGUUUAUUUUUUAGGGAUUUAGGCCUCACUCUGAUGAGAAUAGGUUAUUGCACAGAGCAUGUGUAAGAAUCAUUUUAAACUUGGUGGGUGUGAUGCGGUCCAGAGCAGAUGAAUCCGAUUCCAGGUUAUGUUUAGUAAGAGAGUGAGAGAGAGAGAGAGAGAGAGAGAGAGAGAGAGAGAGAGAGAGAAAGAAAGCGCUCAGUGAGAAAUUUCACUCCUUCGUUUCUUUGGUUUUACCAUGAGUAAAUAAACUACUGAGCUCUGAGUUUCCUCUUCUGAAGUCUCCACUGCUCCACCAGUCACUCGCUUUCAGCUGUAAAAGCGUAAAACUGAGCCGGAUCCUCUUUUAGAGGCUGUACGUGUGACAUAAGUACGUAAAGACGCGUGACGUGGCCAGAAGAACUGUAAAAAGCAACCCGACACCCCAGUUUUUAGACUGAAUAUAUUAUUAGGCUUAGCAGGGAUGUUUGCUCCAGCACAAUGGUACAAUUAAACGCAAUAUUUUAUCCACAUUCUUCUCCACUCAGAAAUGCUUCUGCUUUCAGUUUAGAAACUAAAUAACAUGGACUUCUGCUUUAAUAUCAGUGUUCUUAUUUUAAAAAGGUGUUUUAAAUUUUGUCUCUGAGUGGUAUUAAUUAAAAAGGUGUGAAGAAGUAACCUGUCCUGAUCUGAGUUUGGUUUUCUCUCAGGGCUCCUGUGGAUUAUCCUACCAGCAGGUGGAGCUUUCUGUAGCUUAUCAGGUGUUUGUGAGAGGCUGGAGAGCUUUGAUCAGGGGUUUCCACACCUUUCCUUAGCUUUCCUGCACAGGUUCAGCUGAGGUUAAGGCUCCAGGUGAGGGCGCUUCUCUGUGGUGCCCAGGCUGUUGUUACUCUCUCUGCGGCUGACCGACGUCCAGUGCUGCGAUCCCCCUCUCUCUCUCUCUGUGGAGACACCAUGUCCUCCACGUCCUCGUGCUCCUCGUCGGGGGAGACCAGCCCGGAGGAUGUUCCCCGAGGCGGGGGGACCAUCCGCGUCUUCCUCCCCAACAAGCAGCGCACAGUGGUGAAUGUGCGGCCCGGGCAGACGGUUCACGACAGCCUGGACAAAGCCCUGAAAGUACGAGGCCUGAGCCAGGAAUGCUGCGCUGUUUUCCGCCUUCUUGAAGGCCGUAAAAGGCUUACAGAAUGGAACACUGACAUCACGCCCCUCGUGGGGGAGGAGCUUCUAGUCGAGGUUUUGGAUGACGUCCCCCUAACCAUGCACAACUUCGUUCGUAAAACCUUCUUUAAAUUAGCGUACUGUGACUUCUGCCACAAGUUUCUGUUUAAUGGCUUCAGAUGUCAGACCUGCGGCUACAAGUUCCACCAGCACUGCAGCAGCAAAGUCCCUACAGUCUGCGUGGACAUGGACACCAUGACCAAACGGUGUGGUCCUCCAACAGAUGACUGUCUACCAAUACCCAUGUUAAUGACGCCUGACGACAACUCCAUAUCACAGAGUGAUUUAGCCUUAACCCCUGAACCUCCCGGGACAGGGCUUCUGUCCCCGACGUCAGCCUUCCACUUCCCGUUGCCAGGAGCGGACGGCCAGUCCCUCCAGAGGCAUCGUUCCACCUCAACCCCUAAUGUCCACAUGGUCAGCACCCUGAGCCCUGGUGCUGCCGGCAUCAUUGAGGAGGCAUUAAAAAGCAACAACACAGUGGAGUUGUUGCCAACAGGGCCAGAACCCUCUCCUAAACCCUCCACCAGUCCUCCUCAGCUGGGUUCCCCUGGCCGAAGACCCCCCAAAUCCCCCUCAGAACACAAAGAGCGCAAGCCGUCCUCUUCUGACGAGAAGAAGAAAGUGCACCGCGUGGGCUAUAGGGACUCCAGCUACUACUGGGAGGUGCACUCGCGGGAGGUGAACAUGCAGAAGCGAAUCGGCUCCGGCUCUUUCGGCACCGUCUAUAAAGGCAAGUGGCACGGAGACGUGGCCAUCAAGAUCCUCAAAGUGACGGAGCCGACGCCCGAGCAGCUGCAGGCCUUUAGGAACGAAAUGCAGGUUCUACGAAAAACGCGUCACGUCAACAUCCUGCUGUUUAUGGGCUUCAUGACGAAGCCGCACUUUGCCAUCAUCACGCAGUGGUGUGAGGGCAGCAGUCUGUACCGCCACCUGCACGUCACCGAGACCAAGUUCGACACCAUGCGCCGCAUCGACGUGGCCAGGCAGACCGCGCAGGGCAUGGACUACCUUCAUGCCAAGAAUAUCAUUCACCGGGACCUGAAAUCUAACAAUAUCUUCCUGCAUGAAGGCUGGACAGUGAAGAUCGGUGAUUUCGGCUUGGCCACGGUGAAGUCUCGUUGGAGUGGCUCUCAGCAGGUGGAGCAGCCCAGCGGCUCUAUUCUGUGGAUGGCGCCGGAGGUGAUUAGGAUGCAGGACCCGAACCCUUACACCUUCCAGUCAGACGUGUACGGCUACGGCGUGGUGCUGUUCGAGCUCAUGUCCGGAACUCUGCCUUAUUCCAACAUCAACAACCGGGACCAGAUCAUUUUUAUGGUGGGUCGGGGAUACUUAUCACCAGACCUUAGUAAGCUGACCAAUAACUGCCCUAAAUCCAUGAAGAGGCUCAUCAUUGACUGUCUGAAAUUCAAGCGGGACGAGAGGCCGCUCUUUCCACAGAUCUUGGUGGGCAUCGAGCAGGUUCAGGACCUGCUGCCCAAAAUCGAGCGCAGCGCCUCAGAGCCGUCUCUACACCGGGCCGUCCACGCAGAGGACCUGAACCCGCUGCUCUUCCACACCACGCGCCUCAUGCCCCUGUGAUCCUGCUCGAACCAGGACCAGGAGUUUCCCACAGGACCUCAACGUCCUGCUACCCGGGACCCAACCGUUCCCCCAGUUCCUCCAUUCCACAUUUCUGUCAGCCCAGUGACCUCUGCAGCCACUACACACACUCAGACACGUCCCUACCAUGCAUUCCUCUACGUCUCCAUCAGCACACACACAGUCACACACACACACGCACACACACACCUACAACCUCUCUUCGUCCUCACAGCUCUAGAAUUCGCUUUAGUUUCCCUGAUAGGAAAGCAAGAAGUGAACUUAAUUAUUUUAAUUAAUUAUUUUAUUUUUGCCCCCCUCCAAAAAACGUUUCAUUUUAUUUAACUUUUUUCUUUUUUAAACCUACAUUAGCUGCAUUAUAAUAAUUACAAAAAAUUGAGAGGUGAUAUUAUUGUGGACCUGUUUUCUACACAAGUACGAAUGUAGUUCACGUAGAACAUUAUAUACUAGUGCAUCUUAAAAAAAUAAAAAAAAUUAGAAUAUCAUUGGAAAUAAAGUUAAUUUAUUUCAGUAAUUCAGUUCAAAAUGUUAAAUUCAUAUAUUAUAUAGAUGUAUUACACACACAGUGAUCUAUUUUAAGUUUUAUUUCUUUUAUUGUUGAUUAUUAUGGCUCACAGCCCAUAAACAAAUCCAAAAAUCAGUGUCUUAAAAAAAAAAUCCAAAUAUUAUAUAUAAUAUUAUAUAAUUCACGUGAACGCCACCCCAGACUCAAAAGGGUCAAUAAAUUGAUGCAGACCGUUCGAAUUGUAACAUAGACUUCUGUUAUUGCUACAACACUUAAAAACACUUGCUGAUUAUUAUUAGCUAACUAAUAAAAUAGCUUUAAUAGCAAUACAUGUAAAACCGUAGAAGUCUAGUAUGAUUCACGGUUCUAAUGGAAUAAAAACGUCACUCACCUAAUACAUGUCUUAUUCGCUUUAUUCUCUUUGAUUCGGGCAAAAUAAACCUCCUACUUUUUAAGAUAAUAGACUAAAAAUAGACUAAAAAUUUUAACAAAAAACAUUUAAAAAAACAUGUCUAGUCGUAAUUACGACCUCCAAACCUCGUAUGAAGUAUGAAUUUCAGAGGAGGCAGCAUAAGACCAAUUGGUACUUUUGGCAGUGUGGGCAGUGUGCCAAGUCCUGCUGGAAAAUGAAAUCCAUAAUAAUAGCAUCUCCAUAAAAGUUGUCAGCAGAGGGAAGCUGUAAGCGCUGUAAGAUUUUCACAUUUUGAACUAAAUUACUAAAUUUAAAUAACUUUUUUCAAUGUUAUUCUAAUUUUUUGAGAUUGCACUACUGUGUAUAUAGCCCACCCACCUUCACACACUGUCUUACACACACACACACACAGAUUUACAUCAUCUUAAGAUCAUCAAACUCUGUUCCAGCUCCUGUGCAAGCUUUAUUUAAAGUUCACGUCGUGCCCUCCUCCUAGGACACUGGUGGUCUAGUCGCAUUAUGGAUUAAAAUAACGGAUGAGUGUAGGAAUAACGAACAGCUCAGCCUCUCUCUCUCUCUCUCUUUCUCUCACAGUCUUAGUUAAUCAGUUAGUUUGCACUUUUUUAUUGCGAGUAAUGUAAUGAGCGAACACUACGUGAUUUCUAUCCGGGUUCUGAGCUCAGGCGUCUGCAGGUUUAAAAAACUAAUUUUGCACUUUAAGAAACAUUAUUCAAACUAGCUUUGGGUUUAUGAUUAAUGCAUUUGUUUGAUUAAUUGAUAACUUUAUUGAGCCAUUUAAAUGUAAAUUAAUUUGAUUUCUCUCACUCUGCAUCACCUCAGCACCAACAACAUUCAAAGUCUCCUAGACGUUAUGUGCUUUCGCUGUUUAAUACAAGCUUAGUUCAUAUCUUAUCCUAUUAACAACAGUAAUUCACAGGAUAAAAGUGUAUAGAUACAUCAGGGUUCCCGCGGGUCCUUAAAAAGUCUUAAAAUGUCUUAAAUUAAAAUAUAGGUUAAAAAUAAGGUCUUAAAUAGUCUUAAAUUUACUGUAAAUUUACUGUAGGUAUAAACCAUUUAAUGCCGGUGGGAAAACACAUGCUAAAUUUAGCGGCGAGUCAGCUAACGUUACAGGAAAGAGAACUAAGGUUAAUGGAGAGCUAGCUAACAUGCUAACGUUAGCGGCGAGUUAUCUAGCUACAUUACUGGAGAGAGAACUAAGGAUGGCGGAGAACACAUGCUAACUUUAGCGGUAAGCCAGCUAAUUAAGGUUAUCAGAGAACACAUGCUAACUUUAGCAGUGAGUCAGCUAACAUUACAGGAAAGAGAACCAAGGUUACCAGAAAGCUCGCUAAAGUUAGCAGCGAGUUAUCUAGCUACGUUACCGGGGAGAGAACUGAGGUUAGCGGAGAACACAUGCUAACUUUAGUGCUAAUUCAGCUAACAUUACAGGAAAGAGAACUAAGGUUACCAGAGAGCUCGCUAACUUCAGCAGUGAGCUAGCUAACAUGCUAACGUUUGCAGCGAGUUAUCUAGCUACAUUACCAGGGAGAGCGGAGAGCUAGCUAAGAUGGUAACGUUAGAUAUGUUAAGUUUUGAUUUCUAACAGAACAAAUCAUUUUCUACCAACAAAAUUAUGACUACAUUUUUGGGUCAUAAAUGUUAUCCGUUGCGGUCUAAAAAAAGGUUUUAAAAAGCAUUAAAUUUGACUUUUAAAAUGGUGCAAGAACUCUCUACAUCGUCCUUCAUAGGCGAGUCUGUUCACUUGUAAGCCAUAUUUUUCUCUUUAAAUAUGGAGAAAAAAAAUGAUCAAAUCUGAAAACGUAAAUAGUUUGUAGCGUUUUGCUCAAUGCACAAAAAUCUUCAAUUUCUUUUGGUUUUGUUUCUUACGUACAGCCAUGUGCUCCGUCUGCUCCUCCGUUGUGACCAAUGACAGCCUGAUAGCUGCUUACGUUAGCCUUUUGUAGCAUGAUCAGUGUUAGUCAGCACUAGUCUGGGUCACUUUACCGAUCUUAAAUAAUGCUCACUGCUUUGACAACUCAAAGUAUAAGUGUGAGACCUAAAUGUUGAAUUGUCUUAAAAUGCCCAAUGCUACUUUUGCUCCUGAAAAAUUACCUAAUCGAAUGUUAGCUAACCUUAGCUGAAGCUCAGUGCUUACCUGUCUAACCAUAGAAAAUUAGCAGCUCGGCAUUCCGUCUUGUAGUCCUUCUGGGCUCCUUGAUGCUAAGGAAGCAGCACACUGUGUGUGUGUUUGCCUGCUGCUCGGUUCUGUAUCUGGCAACCCGGGGUGUGGAAAUAGGACAGGGGAAUGGGCAAUUAGAGAUUAAAACAUAAACAGAUUUCCGCUCCAUAAUCAACAAUUCAAAUAAGAAAAUACUAGCUAAAACUCUGUUGUCAAAAGAUGCCAAGAGGUGCUUAAACUUAGCAUGUUUCCCAAAUAUCUGAUCAAACAUCUGCGUUAUUUAGACGUUAGUACAGAAAAUAUAAUGCAGAUUGGUCCUUUAAUUUCUACAUCUCAAUUUUUUUUCUGAAUCUCCCAUCACCUCAUGGUUUUUGCUAGUUUAACCAUGUGUCUCUUUAAACCACAGAGUAAUUUUAAGGGCAUCAAAAAUAGAAAAAGACAUCGGUCAAAAACGGGAAGGAUACAUCUUGUCGCAUCACGCUCUGUUACUCGUGGCUGUAAUAGACAGACGAUCUGUCAGCAUUUCAGUUUAGUUGUGCUUUCUAUUAGGAUCAGAUCUUAUUUAACCAUUUAUGGCUUAAAUUGAACCCUUUUAUUGAUUUAUUUUGGAGGGAAAGUAAAACAUAUGAGUCCUUUAGCAUUAUUUCGAACAAAAUGCUAGAUUUAGCUGCAUAAUGUUGCCCUGAGGCAACAAAAAAACUACAGUUUUAGUAAAUAAACAAAAAAAAUAAAUUUUAUGUUUUGAGAAAUGAUGUGACAAAAGAUCAUUGCAAAAUUUAAAAAAGUGGUUGGUUGCCUGAGGGUAACACCAUGCCAUAGAGGGUUAAUAAUCCAGGACCCAAGCUUUCAGUUUAGUUAACAGUUAACAGUUUUACUCAAACUGUACCUUGUCCAAAAGAUUAUGAUAUCCAAAUUCAGGGCCCUAUUUUAGUGAUCUAUAGGCGAGUUGAUUUAGGGCGUGUCAGUGUGUCUUUGCUAUCGUAACAACGGGAAAAGUAAACCAAUCAGUGUGUCACUUGCUUAUCAUUACCUUUUAAGAGCCAGGUGCGCUCUGACUUUGGAGAAUUGUUCAUGUGUUUGCAACAAGUGGGGUGUAUGUGCAGAACAUGUGUUGCCAAGAUAGCGAUGAACAUCUGACUGUUGGCAUCUGUCUAGGUUUUAAUCAGUCAGUGGAGCUCCUGUGUUUUUUUGUUACCAAGAUAAACAAGCAAAACUCCAGAAAUGUACCUGAACACACCUCAUUUCAUAAUCAGAGCACCACGCCCAUCAGUGUAGAUAGAUUCAGAAACUCUGUUACUAUUUAAACCAGGCGGGUGGAAGUAAUGACAAUAGACUGUUUGCGGGGUGUAAGAUAGCAAUGAGCAUCGCAGCGCACCUUAUGCAAGGCAUAAAAUCGGACCAAACGUUAGUAAGAGGUCAGAUGGAGGUAUGUUCUCGGUAUUCUGUUGGAAUUUGGUUUUAUAAAUGUUCUGGUUUAAUCAGAAACGUCGGCUGCGCGUUUCAGAGAGGAAUUCAGCUGAAUUUUCUUGGUCCUGAUCUGAGAUUUUUGGAGAGUUUGAGUGCAGCAGAUUUGGCAUCCUGUUUGCUGUUUCUCUCCGUCUGUGCUGUGAAGUGGAUGGUGUUGGUUGCAGAUGGCUGUGAUGAAUAAUCCUGUGUGAAUUACUCUGAGUUACUGAGUUCUCGUGUGUGUAAGUGUGUUACUGGGCCAGACUACUGUUUUAACCCUUACAGGCAGCAGCAGUUAUCUCUGUUAUCAGUAUCAGUGCUGAUAGUUUAGUAGUAGUUUUGCUUUUAUCUCAGUAAAAUUCACAUUCUGAGCAGCUUUGUUGUGCUUGUUAUUCGGACCAGAUAUUAUUUAACACUUUAUGGCUUAAAUUGAACCCUUGUAUUGAUUUAUUUUGUAGUGAAGUGGGAAAGUAAGAAGUACCAAUGUUUUAGCAUAAUUCAAAAAAAAAAAUGUAGAUGUAGUGGCGUAAUGUUGCCUUGAGGCAACAAAAAAAAGGUAAAAGAAAAGUUUUAGUAAGUAAACAAAAAAAAAACAAA